AUCCUUUUGGGUUAAGGAUAUUUAAUUGACUAGACCACAUCGUAUAAGUUUGAGAUACAGCGCUGCAACUGCCCAAUAGACACCCACCAAGAGCCAGAGAAAACAUAGCUAGCGAGACGAGUGGUGUCGAGGAUAUGGAUUCCGCGAAGUUCGUGAUGGUGGCUGUGCUCGCCGUGGCCCUGGCAGCUGGCGUGGCGGAGGGGCAAGCGACUGCGAGCUGCUUGCAGAAGCUGACUCCGUGCGUGCAGUACCUGAACCGGACAGGGGUGCCGCCGGACACGUGCUGCAGCCCGGUGAAGGAGGCGGUGGCGAACGAGAAGGCCUGCCUCUGCUCCGUCUACAACACCCCCGGCCUCCUCCAGUCCUUCGGCGUCAACUCGACUCAGGUCGCCGCCGUCGCCAAGUCCUGCGGCGUCAACGCUGAUGCGAGCACCAUCUGCUCUGCAACAAGCAGCCCAUCUCCAUCAUCAACCCCUCCAGCGACACCCGGGAAUGGAGGCAAUGCAUCAAGCAGGAUCGCGGGGAUCAGAAUUCCGAGCAUGAUCCUACUGUGGGUUUCAUUGGUCUUGUGCUUACGUGCCUGAUCGGACAUGAUCGAAUCGGAAACUUCACCUAUCCUUUGAAUAUUCCCUAUGUUUGUUUACUCUCUAUUUGCUACUGGUGAGAUCGAUUCAAAUAAAUUCUGUCGUGUCUUGUUAUAACCCUUUCAUUGGCUGUGUCGAGAUAUUUUUCUCGUGGAGCGAUUCACUUUGGACUAACGUUAUGAAGAGGCCUAUUGUAUGCGCCGGUCAUAGUUGUAAUUAGAUAAGCUUGAUUUGUUUCCAAUUA